AUGUUUCAUCAGAUUUUAAAUUUAUUGACAUUUUUUUCAACAUUAAUAAAUUCAUAUAACGGUAUUUCAUUGCAUCACAAUUCAGAAUGUGUUUACGUGAAGUCAGAAGAGGACACAUAUAGGUUUCAAUCAGAGGGCUAUCGAAAUAUUUGCGGAUUAUAUGUCAUCUCAGAUCCCGAUUAUUUGGUUGAGUUUGAGUUUGAAGAGUUUGAUGUCAGCUGUGCUAAUGGAGGUCUACUCAGUGUUGUUGACGGAUGGGAACUAAAUGGACAGUUCUUUCCCGGAACUGAAGAUCAUUUGAUUCCUAGGAAUCAGAGAUAUCAAGAAUACUGUGGAUUACAUAAGCCAUGGAAGUCAUUCAGGACAUCACAAAACGUGGGUUUAAUUGAGUUUCGGGUUCCCGUUCGGGGACAGGGAUUCACAGUUCGGGUCAAAUUUGUGCGAAACCCUAAACCGUGCAACACAGUCCUACAAAAUCCUCAGGGAGUAUAUACACUACGAAAUUAUGGUCAGUCCAUCAAUUGCACCAUUUCCAUCAUAUUUCCCGAAAGCUUUCGUAUACUUGCACUCAAUGUUGGCUCUCAAAGCACACGUACUGAUGAUUUAAUGGCACCACAAAUGUUGGAAGUGGAGACCGGACUUAUCAAAAAAUGUAAAGAGAGGGGACAACGAGAUUAUGUGGAAAUACUAGGAGGCGAUGGACUCGAUCCUCAUUUAAUGGCUGUCGCUGAAGACUUUUGUGGAACUGAUUCUAUUCCAAACAAACACAAGAUAGAGGUGGCGUGUGGUAACACUGCUGUCCGAUUGGUGUCUACCGGAACUCAUGACAACUCAGUCACCCUUGCAUUUGAUCUCUUACUUGACAUCGACUCUCCAACACUUCUCUGUCCACAAAUGUUAGAAUCAAUUGCAAUCAAUUAAAUAUGACAUCAGAUGCUUAAGUGA